GGCUGGUUGCCAUGGAUACUGGAACCCCUCCAAAAAUUGCCCUGUGGUCUCUAGUGGAUUUUGUUCUAAGAUGAGGGAGGGAAAGAGGAGGGAGAGGGCAUGGAGCAGGGAGAGAGGAGAGGGGAAAAGAGUAUGGGGAAAGAGUGGAGAGGGCAAGGAGGCGGGAGAGAGACAGGAGAGAGGAUAACCAUGGCUAAAACACUCUCUCCUGUCAAACACUUGAGCCUCAGUGUUCAUUAACGUUGUAAGGGCUAUUCAGGAAACGAUGCACAGCUGGGAAGAGACAUUUCAGCUCUGACAUACACAGCAAACAUGCACAGGAGUACAUUCUGUUUCGCUCAUCUGCAGGCAUCAGUUUGUAGGUAAAUAAGCACAGAAUAAUUGAGAAAUAUCUAUUGAGAAAUAGGACAUUAUGCAGACACACACAUAAUGUAGGAUCAAGGUUCCACAGUACAUUACGUGUCCACAGCUGAUACCACGGAGGGUGGGGAUACAGGACACAUGGACACAGAACCAUGAGACUCCAGGAACAUGGCUCUGGGUGAUCAGAGGAGCCGAUGGAAUUGCAGUGUCAUCCGGACACUGAUGCUCAGGCCAGCUCCCCACUGGACAGUCGCCCAGGCUCAGGUGGUGGGAGUUGCAGACCCCAAUCCAUUUGCUCGCGGUAGACUGCAGGAGCAGCACUGUAUAGAAGACACGAAUGUGUUUGAUGACUGGCGCACUGCUGCACAGAGGGAGAAGUUUGCGGACGCAGUGAUCAUCUCCACCCCUGACAGACUUCACAAGGACCCUGCUGUGGCCUUCGCGCAGAAGGGCUACCACAUCCUCCUGGAGAAGCCCAUGGCAGUGACCGCUGCAGACUGCUCGGAGAUCGUGUCCACAUGCACUCAGAGCGGGGUGAUGCUGGCUGUGUGCCAUGUACUCAGAUACUACCCUGCCGUCCGCAGGAUAAAGGAGCUGAUAGACAGCAACGUGAUUGGUGACAUCAUCCACAUCCAGCACCUGGAGCCGGUGGGGUUCUAUCACUUUGCCCACUCAUUUGUCCGGGGGAACUGGCGGAAUGAGGCGGAGAGCUCCUUCUCCCUGUUGGCCAAAUCCUGCCAUGACCUCGACCUUAUCCACUAUUGGGCAGGAGGUCGCAGGUGCAUGAAAGUGUCAUCAUUUGGAUCCCUGAGCCACUUUACCAAGGACAACCAGGUGCGUCCUGUGCAUGUGCAUCUCAGACAUAACUCAUUAGGGACCUGGAAACAGAAGCCUCCCGGAGCAACAGAGCGCUGCUUGGACUGUCCUGUAGAGGGCUCCUGUCCGUAUUCAGCACUCAGGAUCUACUUGGACAGAGUCAAACAGGGUGCGGUGGGCUGGCCCGUAUCGGUGGUGUGCCAGAGCACCGUCCCCGACAUCGAGUCAGUGACCGAGGCCCUGCGGACUGGUCCAUACGGCCGCUGCGUCUACCAAUGUGACAAUGACGUCUGCACCAAUCAGGUUGUCAACAUGGAGUUCGAAGAAGGCCUCACCGCUGCUUUCUCCAUGGUGGCUUUUACAGAGAAAUUAGGCCAACGCAGGACUACCAUCUACGGGAGCAAGGGGGAGCUCCAUUGUGAAGACGGCUCUCUGGUCCGAGUCUUUGAUUUCCUGAGUCGGCGAACCACUGAGCACAAAGUCGACAUCGGAGCACUGGAGGACCUUGGCUUGUGGGGUCAUGGGGGAGCUGACUACCACCUCAUAGACGGCUUCAUCUCCGCUGUGGCUAGUGGCGACACUUCCCUGAUCCUGACCGGCCCAGAGGAGACCCUGGCCAGUCACAGACUGGUGUUCGAGGCAGAGCGUGCACGCAGGGAGGGCCGAGUCGUCUUCUGUGGAUCGGACCAGGACUAGGAGAACAGCCCUGGACUGUCCCAAAGUACUGUGAGCCGCAGAGGAAGAGCUGGCAGUACAAGGGCUGUAGGGACACCCUAGGGAGCUGUCUGUAGAGGUAUGAUGCCUCAUGCCCAUCUGCCUGCUAGAAGACAGUCCUUCAAGACAACUGGAGCUGUAAAUCCAUCUUUUAUAUCCCAAAGUGAGCAGUUACCAACACAGGGGUUACUCCUCUGGACCUCAUAAAGCUGAUUAUAAUGGAAACAUAACUAUUUACAAGCAAACAAACCGAAAAUAACUGUAGCACAUGAACUUGCCUAUAUCCUCCUACAGCUGUAGGCCAGAGAGGAAGUAAAAACACUUCUUAUUAUUCAGUUAUUUAAACUCCCGCUGUCCUCCCACCAUCUAAACUAUUCAUUUAACAUUUAAAAAAUACUGACAGGACUAAUUGCUUGCAUGUAAUUAUAGAGGUAUACUCACAACAAUAUAUAAUAUUAAAACAUGUAGGCUUUAAUUAAUGUACUCAUAUCCCUAAUUAGUAGUAAUUUAAAUUCAUACUUCAAUAAUAAAAAAGUGUUUCCAGUGUUUAAUAUAAUGCAUAUUCCUAUUCUAAUAUUUCGAGGAAGACUGAGACAUUUGCAUCCACAUACUGUAUACCUACUUAACUUGAAGUCUGCUGACAAGCAUUCUGCAUUCAUCCCAGCCGGUGUUUAGCUGGACUCUAUUUUUUAAAUUCACUCACAGUGACGACUUUUUCUCCCAUUGUGUUUUGAACACUAAGAGAAAAAGAUAUUACUUUAUGGAAACGGGCAUUAGCUUAUGGAACACACUACUAUUGAUCCUCAGGUAACUUCCUUGAACAAGAGCAGAGGGAUGAUAGCAUAUUGUUUUCAUCACUGCUAGAGGCUGGAGGAAAGGAGGUGUCAGAAAUGUUUAGAAAGAACUUCAUGUCACAAUAUUUUCAAGUCCAAGCCACACUUUUGUUACAACUUCAAUACAAUGCAGAAAUGUUUUAUUUUUUCACAGAGAAAAAAAAACAUCCAUAUGUUCUAUAUAUUUAGCAUGGGUGUUUAUAAGGGAUUUAAAAAAAAUCAAACUAUUGCAUGGUUGAAUGGGAUCAAUGAUGUCAUUCAUUGUACAAUCACAGAACUAUUUUAAUGAACUUUUAAAAAAAUCAUUGAGCUCUUCUAGAUUUUGUUGUUUCUCCUCAAGUAUAAUAUAAUAAUAUAUAAUAUUAUUUCAGUAAGUUUCACUUCAUAGGACCAAGAAAGAUUUAUGAAAUUAAAAGAUACUUUGAAUUUUAAAAACAAGACGGGCAAUGUUUGCGUUUUAAUUUUUAAUAUCUGUCACAUGUUUUUACAUAGAUAACAGAAGUGUAACAGUCUUAAGGCAGAAUACAGAAUACUUGAACCUGAUUAGACACUGACUACAUGUUACAACAAGCGCACGGUAAUUACAUACUCAUAUAACUCAACUUUUAUGUGACAUUCCAGUCCUCUGUUUUUACUGUACGCACUGUAUAUAAAAUAUGUGGAAUCUUUCAGAUUUAAUGCUGUUAAUUAAAAAAAUUAAAUGACAAAUUUCAUGUGUGAUGAUGGAGGCUGUACAGAUGGAUGCAGGCAUGGUGAUAAAGGUUAUUGAGUUCUUUUGGCAGAGUACAGUACCACAACCAUUGUGUUUUCUUGACAUUGAUUUGUAACUAAUUGCUCCUUUUUCAUAGCUCAAAUUCUAAAUAAUAUAAAGCAUUUUAAAAA